CACGCCGCGCCCACCCGACGCGCGGUCUAAGUUGGUGGCGCAUCAGUGACGCGUUGUUGCGCGUCGCUCUCUGUGGCGAGAGGCAUUUCUGCUGUGCACUUGUGCCGGAGCGGAGCCGCAAAGUAGUUGUCAAAAUGGCGGCGUGUGAAGGCGGCUCCGCGAGCGUGAAUCCGAAUAGCGAGGUGGUGCGCGGACAAACGUUCGAGGUCGGACCACGCUACACGAGUUUGUCAUAUAUGGGCGAGGGCGCAUACGGCAUGGUUGUAUCUGCCUACGAUAAUGUAACCAAAACGAAAGUAGCUAUUAAAAAAAUUUCUCCGUUCGAGCAUCAAACGUAUAGUCAGAGGACUCUAAGAGAAAUAAAAAUUCUUACGAGGUUUAAGCAUGAAAAUAUAAUAGAUAUAAGGGAUAUAUUAAGAGCACCCACAAUAGAGCAAAUGAAAGAUGUGUAUAUUGUUCAGUGUCUGAUGGAAACCGAUCUCUAUAAAUUACUGAAGACACAAGCCAUUAGUAACGACCACAUAUGUUAUUUUCUGUACCAAAUAUUGCGGGGGCUGAAGUAUAUACACUCGGCGAACGUGUUACACAGAGACCUGAAGCCGAGCAAUCUGCUGUUGAAUACCACCUGUGACCUUAAAAUCUGCGACUUCGGUUUAGCGAGGGUCGCGGACCCGGAGCACAAUCACGCGGGCUUUCUCACGGAGUACGUGGCCACGAGAUGGUACAGAGCUCCGGAAAUUAUGCUUAAUUCUAAGGGCUACACCAAGUCCAUAGAUAUCUGGUCGGUCGGCUGCAUCCUGGCGGAGAUGCUCUCGAGACGAGCGAUAUUCCCCGGCAAACACUACCUCGAUCAGUUAAAUCACAUUCUCGGCGUCCUCGGAUCGCCCUCGCAGGAGGACCUCGAGUGCAUCAUAAAUGAAAAAGCCCGCAAUUACCUUCAGUCCCUGCCGUACAAACCAAAGGUACCGUGGACGAGUCUGUUCCCCGAUGCGGAUCCGAGAGCCCUGGAUCUCCUGGAUAAAAUGUUGACGUUCAAUCCUAACAGACGCAUCGUCGUGGAAGAUGCCCUGGCGCAUCCUUAUUUGGAGCAGUAUUACGAUCCUGCCGAUGAGCCUGUGGCAGAGGAGCCGUUUAAGUUUGACAUGGAACUGGAUGAUCUCCCGAAGGAAGUAUUAAAACAGUACAUUUUCGAAGAGACGCUGUUGUUCCAGAAAACUCGUCAGGAAAACGCUAUGUAGUCGAUCGGCGCAUCAGUGCCGGACUCGCGAUAGCGGAUAAGAGAUGGGGAAGGAAGGGGAAGGAGGAGGCGACGAGCAGAACAGCGGGAUAUUGGCGUGAAGGAAACGUGCUUUUUAGCGAUCAUUCGCCGCUUCAUCGCCGACGCUCUAAUUCACCGACGAAACAUAAAAAAAAAAAAGUACUAGGAUACCGACGACAGAUUUAGUCCAGCGAUUCAACGAACGAUUAAUCGGACCGGUUAAUCGGGUGAGUGAAGUAACCUAACCGCAGUGUCCGCGCAUACGCUUGUACAUUCGCAUGUCCUUACGGGAAGAAAGAAAAUAUAGUGAUUCUUAUGUUAUACCGAAUGUAGCAUAAUAUCAAUUGGUACAAUAUCUCUUUAUUUAUCAUCGUCGUACCGUACCGUACCGUCUGUCUGUGAUUUAAUUGUGAAUUGCGUGCGUGACGAGACGUAAACACGCGACGUGUUCUUGUCUCUUUCUUUCAUCGCUCCUCUAAUUCCAAUUAUUCCAAGUUUACCAAGAACCAAAUUACGUUUAUAGAAUUGUAGCCGCGCGAUCGAGGCGACAUUCGCAUUCGACUCGUUACGGCCGCAACGUCUCCCUCUUUGAGAUAUCGGAAUUCUAUUCCAGUCGUUUACUCCACGAGAUCAUCGCGGAUGCUCAUUUCGGCGUUCGCGCAAUUCAUUUCAAGUACGAUACUUUUUCGUCUCGUGCGUGUACGUGUGUGAGUGUGCGUGCGUGCGGGUGUGACAGAGAAUUCCUUUUUGGUAUUUAAUCUGUCCGUGAUAGUCAACCGUUUGUAGCGAAUAUGCGACGUUCAAGCGCCACAGUGUAUUCGGCGCAUUCUAUCAGGAUAAUAGAAUAUAAUUUAUGUUGAAGAGAGAGAGAGAGAGAGAGAGAGGGAGAAUCGUGAUCCCUCGAGCGUAACAGUGGCGACGGUGACCGACUAAUAUGAAAUGUGAGCCAAGUGACGAGUCGCGUUAACACGUAGAAAAAGGGUCUCGAGUUAGUAUUUCUGCCAUGGGAGAUCUUUACAAAACUCUUACGUAGUAUAUGAAUCUGAUCAAUCCUAUACAGCCUUCCGGUGACACAGUCUAAUAUCCACCCGUGUUAAUGUCAAUUGGUGGAACCAUUUGAAAUCGAAUCCUCUAAUUGAUUCCACACUCGGCCUUACCGAACUCACAAACAACUCCCUCGCGAUCUUGCUCUCGCGCGAGCUGCGAGAUCACAAGCGGGGGAGAUUAAAAGGGAAGAUGGAGGAAAAAAAAUUUGCUGAAAUUACGGGGCGAACUGUUGAUUUCCUCUUAAUAACUGUUACCGAUCUUCACGUUCUUCGAUGCAUCCAAUAAAUUAAUAAUUAAAGAGAAAUUCGUUGUUUGUAAGAUUCUUAUCUAGAUUUAAGAUCGCAUUUCUAGCAAUUACGGAUUCUCGUUGAAGGUGAUUCGCGCGUUCGCUCCGACGUUCUUCGUCCUUUCUCCUGAGCGGAAGGGGGAGCGCCGGAGAGAUACGACGGCGAAUGAUAUUUUGUCGUUACUAUAAUGUCAUGAUUUCAAUAUCUGUCGUUUUAAUAUAUCUAUCUUCCUUCAACGUUUAAAUCCAUUAUUAUGCGCAUUCGACAUGGCGAAUUUGUCGUGGACGAAGGGGGUAGAGGAAUAGUCUCUCGCGGUUUACACUUUUCUCGCGCGCGCGACAAGCCUUGAUUAUAACGCGCACAAAUUAACGCGGGCGGCAAGAUAGUAGUUUCGACCACUUCGCAAAUUGUAUACGCGUAAUCGCGGCGGGAAAAAUUAAAUUACUAGUUCGUAUAACGAUGACAAUCCUUCGUAGCGACGGAAACUGAAUUAGAUCAAAUUAUAGCCGCGCUAGACGAUUCUGGGGAAUGGGAAAUCCGUUGUGAACGCCUUCCGCUAUGUGUGUAACUCGAAAUCAAAUGAUAAAUGUGCUACCUUUCCUCCUGCGAUCCACGGGCGUGGAUGGAUCGCCGCCUUCGCCGUCAUAUAUUCGACGUAACGAGUACAAAGUAUUACUUUCGACGACAUAUAUGUAUUAUGUUUCUCUGUUUCUUAUACGAUCUUCCUCGACUAGUUAAGAUUAAAUCGAAUUUUAAUUGUCAGCAUCUUGUGAUUUCUCGAAACUUCGGACAGCGUACUGUGCGUUCCUUUACGACCUCUUGCGAAUUUGAUUCAUCUACGACAGAGAACCACUUGGCAAAUUCAUGACGAUGUAGCUUGCACAAAUUAUUACUUUCUUCUUUGCUCAAAAAUGUUGAAGUGGGAAAAGAAGUCUUUCGUGACUCGAUAUCAUUAUUGCGCAAGAUGAAUUAAGUAAGACGCGCGUUAUGCAACGGAUGGUCUUCGUGUCGGGCUCUCUCUUAGAGAGUGCUCUCAUCUGAGGCCUUUUUAAAAUAACGCUCUCCUACCGCCGAUCGUGGGAAGGCGACGAUAGAGAGAAUCGUGCGCUCAGCGAAAUUGUAAGCCGACGAGAAGUCGAAGCUCUCGCUUGUCGAUGGUGAUUGGAUAUGUAACUGCAUACAAAUUGUGAUACAAGUGGGCGGAAGAGAGUGUAAAAGGGAAAAUUUGGGAAAAUUCGCUUAAGUGGCGAAACGUGGAAUGUUAAACUGCGCGUUAAACCGUGUCGAUGAGAAUCAAUCAUCGAUAUUAUCAGGCCUAGUAUACUUAAAGUUACGUACGUGUACUUGUUGUUGUUACACCGAUUCUUAUAUAUCCGACCAUUUACGGAAAUAUUUCGUCUGUCGAUUUUCAAUGUUAUUAUCGACGAUUAUAUCAUUGAGGUAGGAAGGAAGGGUAAAAAAGAAAAGAUGAAUGCAGCAGGAUGAGGUGGAGGAUUUACGCGCCGUUUUCUCGGAUAGGUAGAGCGACAAUUGUUAGUCCUCUGACGAGUGAUUGAUUAAAAUCCCUAGCGUUUUUACGUAGAAUAGAAUUGAAAAAAUAAAGAACAAAACUCUUUUGAGGAGAAACGCGCGAGCGCCUGUUAAACGACGGGCAAGAUCGGCAUUUUUCACACGUGCGCGCCAAAAUAUGUGCGGAAAUAUUGCGCGGAAAGUCAUCGCGAGAGGACCUAUUUAUAUUCGUCGCAACCAGCUCCGCUUUAAAAGAUAAAUUUGGGACGAUAAAUGUGUGCGAAAGCAGAAACGAUUCAAUUAGCGGCUCUCUUAUAGCUCUUCGAUGAAUCAACGAACCGGAAUUUCAUCUUCAAGAUGUUUCUCUCGACUCGGUUCUCCGUCCUUUUAGUUUUGGUCCUACGCGAGAUCAUGUUGAUCCUUCGGCGAAUCGUGAAAGAUAUCGUCUUGUCCGUUCAAUCGUGUCAUUGUGAAUCAUUGAUAGUUUUUCCGUCGUCGAAGCUACAUUCAUAGCGUUGAGAAAAAAAAAAGAAAACCGACUAGAGAUGCAUUUAACACGAUCGGCAUAGUCGAAACCGCAACUGUCACUCGUGAGAGUUGCGAAGAAGUAUUUUGUCGCGUAGAACACAUCGUCACACACACGCUCGAUGAAAUUCGAACGAGUUUAGUAUACUUAUACUGCGAAUUUCUUUGCAUUUUUUUCCGACCCAAUUUCAUGGAAGAUGAAGCAACGCCGAGAACACGAAUAAAACAAACGAAGACUAUCAAAAGAAAACAAGUAGUAUCUAAUGAAUCAUUAGGCCGCAAUUUUAUUGUGCGCGAAAAGAUAAUUUAACGAUAUAUGCGUAAAGUCAAAAUAUAAGUUUUCGAUGCUGUUUAUUAAGUUAUGGAAUCAUAGAUAUUGCUGUGAAAGGAUGCAGUAAGACUUAGACAGUCGCAAAAGCGAUAAAUUGAUCAUUUGUUGUUGGAGCGUACAACUGCUCCGACUUUCCACGACGGGGAUUGCUUUGGACUUUUCGGAAGUGUAAAAUCGAGAAACGAGAAAGAUCGCAAAUUGGAACCUAUGAAUGUAGCUAAGCAGCUAUUUGAGAAAUAAAUGUACUUACUGUGUUCUUUA